GCAUUCGCUCCGAGAAAGGAAGCGGAUGUGUAAUUGCAAGAAGCAGAAGUCAGCGCGCAUGCUCAUGCUUGACCGGCGUGCUGUGAGAACCCACCGAAGUCACAGAUGGACAGAGGGCAGUAAUAUGAUUUAAAGUUUCCCAGUCAAUCCAAGUCUAAGGAUGACAACAGCUGAGCACUUACCCCAAUUCCUUAUUGGGGCAGCUCGGCAUCAUCUUAGCAUGGGAAAGAAAAAGGCCUUAUCCCCUUUGGCUUCCUUGAACCUGGCUGGAGAGGUCCUAGCUGUAGCUGCUGGCUUGAAACCAGCUUUCCUGUAUGACUACAAUUCUGCUGGGGUUUCUCAGAUCCUGAGCUAUGUUCAACAGCUUGAGACCAUUAGUCACUUUGCCCACCGACUGCAUGUUCUGAGCAUAGCUGAAAAUGCUCUCAUUAUUAAUUUGGAAAUAAUGCCACUGUUGCUGGAGACAGCUCUGAUGAGGAACAGCAUACCUUUCAUUGAUGUUUCUGCUUCUAGAACAUUCCCAACCCUGUGUAACACAGAAGAUGUGACUGUCAUAAAAGGCCAUCUUUCUCAGAUACUGAUGCAUAUUAAAGCCAUGGCAGCAGACACAUCCAAGAUGCUUUCAUCCAGUGCUAUAUUUUCUGAUGAAUGGAAUCUGUGCACGGUCUUUGGUGUUUUGCUAGGCUAUCCUGCAGCCUAUAGUUUUCCUGCUCAGAAGAGCUUUGACAACUGUCUUUCUUUAACCCCACUAAGGGUGUUCACUAUCGAGGCCGCAUUCUGUCAGAUAAGCAGUGAUUUCAGAGUCCGGUUUUACUCUUUCAGUAUUCCAGAAAUUUUGUAUUCUGCCUUGAAAAAUUGCCUUAACUUUUGGUGUGAAAAGCUGAAAGAUUCUUUUAAAACUCAGAAAUGCUUCACAAAUCUGAGUAUAGCAAUGGAAGUUGUAACUUUGGCAGCAGUGGCCUUGUAAACUUGGCCCUUGAUAUGGAGGCAUUUGCCUGUUUUUACUCACUAUAGCCCCAUACUGAACUUUUUAAAAAUAUGUGAGAAGUGUGACUAAAAACUG